UACGAAUUAAUAAUAAUAAAAUUUAAAUAAUCGAAAAUUGAACAGUAAACAGUCUCAUCUUCAUCCUUUAAUCUUGGAUAAAUACUGUUAUCAAUACAGAAAUUAAAAUUGCAAUAAUAUAAUCAAAUGGAAUAAUAUUUAUUUUGUCUAUUCGAAAAUGAUUUCAUGCAAAGAGAUUACCUGUAUUAGUCCAGACAAAACAAACAACCAUUAGAUUAUUUAAAAUAGGAAAGUGCAAAAUGAAAUAACUUCCAAUAUCAAUACCAAGUACCUACCUUUAGAUAAUCAUUCAUAAAAUCUUUUGUAGCUCAUUUCAAAUGUGCAUUGAUUACAGUUCGUUGUUAUAUGCACAUAUCACAACGUCGUAAAAUUAGUAUUGAAUAGUUUUUUAUUUAAUUUUCGUAAUUAAAUAAUUGUAUACGUUUUGAUUUAUUUAUUAUUUGUACAGCUAGAGGAUGGAAUCCCCUUUAAAUUUAAAAUUUCUUCCCGAAAUUUUGGCUAACUAUGGAGAAAAUAAAGAUUGCCUUAAUACAGCUACAAAACUGGAAAACUUAAACCAACAACUUGUAAUUCAAAAUCAGACCAUAAUGCAAGUUUCAAAAAUUAUCGCACUUUGUAAAACCAGAGAGAAGAAAGUACAGAAGAGCAAGGAGUAUAUCGAAGCUGAAAAAUUGCUACUUUUCCUUACUCAUAGGAAAAAAGCGCUUGUCGAAGAAAUAAAAAAUAUAAUGGAAAAUCAAAGUGAAGAGGAAAACAGCAACUAUUCCGGAUACAUACGCGUAUGGAACUUGAGAUUUUCAAUCAAUAAUUUAAAAGCUCCUGCUGUUUCAAAGAAGCGAAAUCAAUUUGAAAAAUCGUAUGUUUGUAUUUUCACCUGUGGACUCGACGUAAUAUGCUCAGAAAUUCAACGAAAAGACGAUUCAUCUAAACUACAAUUUCAAAAAGAGUUUGAAUUUUUCAAUUUGAAGUCAAACUUCGAAAUAAAAAUGUAUUUGUACUUUUUGGAAACGAAGAAAUCCUGCGCAAAAAGUUCCCAUCAAAACAUGUUCAGGAAGAAACAAUUUCGUCCAAACUUUCGCAAAAUGUUAAAAUGGAACCAUAUUCCGCACUGGUAUGACCUAUCUUCAAUUUACCAAAUAUCAUCGUCGUCUUUUAUUUGUUGUGGUUCUUUUACAUUAAAUUCUACAACUUUAACAAAAAAACAUUUAUCGCCAUUUAAACUGGAUAAUUUUAGUAUAGCAAAUGCUCUAGAUAUAAGUGUAAACAUGGCCAUUAACUCCAUGGUAGAUAUUUACGAAGAACAAUCUGGAUUUGUUACCAUUGGAUAUGAAGUUGGAGGAAGUUUGUCUUGGGAUAGAAUGUGGUGUUACUUAGAAGGAUCAAUUAUCAAACAAAAGAACUAUCCAUGUGAUGAUAGCAUGUUACCGUUUACUCAUAAUAUUGAUCUAGCACUUUGCGUUAAUUCCCGAAUUUGCGAAGCUUGUAGAGAGCUUUGUUCCAAGUCUAAAACGUUAUUGAUAGAAAUAACUCCCAAUGAAAAACUUUCUACUGAAGAAACUAUUUUUGUUAAAUAUUUUUUGUCUUUUGAUACAUUAGCAGACAUGAAAAACUGGAAAAUUAAACUUAACUCGGUGCUUUCCCAUUUACGAAAUUGGAAUUCGAUGAAGUAUACGUUUUGAUUUAUUUAUUAACAUUUAAUGACUUUAAUAUGUAUUAUUGUAAUGUACUUUAAGAAGUUAUUUGCCCUAUAAAUGAUUUAAAAGCCUUUUUAUAUGAUUGUUCAAU